AAUGAAUGAAUUCGAGCGCCCCGAACGAAGCGAUUGACAGCCAGCGGGUCGAACAGCUUUUCUUUCUAUCAUCGUGCAUUUGGUGAUUUUAAAUCAAAUUACGCCAAAUUCUAAUCAGAAACAAUGUCUUUGACUAAAACACAUAUGCUGGUGCGAUCCCUGAGCACCUCGACCGCUGCUGCUCAGCUCGUGAAACCUCCUGUACAAGUCUUUGGUUUGGAGGGUAGAUAUGCGUCGGCUUUGUACUCGGCGGGCAGCAAGAACAAGUGUUUGGAUGCUGUUGAGAAGGAACUUUCCUCGUUCCAGCAAAACAUGAAGACUGACGCAAAACUGAAGGAGUUCCUUAUUAAUCCGACCUUGAAAAGGAAUCUUAAAGCGGAGGCCCUUAAACAUGUUACCAGCAAGAUCAGCCUAUCCCCUGCCACAGGCAACUUGUUGUGCUUGAUGGCUGAGAAUGGCCGCCUCGACAAGUUGGAUGCUGUCAUCAACGCCUUCAAGAUCAUGAUGGCUGCACAUCGUGGGGAGGUCACCUGCGAGGUUGUCACUGCCAAACCCCUGGAUGCAGGGCAGAAACAGAACUUGGAAGCUGCACUCAAGAAAUUCCUGAAGGGCAAUGAGACUCUCCAGCUGACGGCUAAGGUUGAUCCCUCCCUCAUGGGAGGAAUGGUCGUCUCCAUUGGCGACAAAUAUGUGGACAUGAGUGUUGCCAGCAAAGUCAAGAAAUACACAGAGCUCAUCAGCACCGCUGUUUAAAAUAUGUAAACAAUAGUUGUCAAGAAUAACCUAGUAAAGCAUACAUUAAAUUAAAUCAAUUGAAAAUCA